AUGGCCUCUCCGACAGACUCGACGGCGUCGUUUCGCACAGCACAAGAAGGCAGCCCGCACUUAAAGGCAAAGGAACAGCCCGAUCCAAACAAUGACAAGGACCGCACGCCCGAUGAUGCGUCGAAAUCGUCCUCGCCCUACCGCCCGGUGCGAGACAUUCCGUACCAGCUGCGGGACCACAUCCGCGUGUUUCUAGAAGAGAAGAUGUGUAUCCGAGACGGCGAGGCAAUCCAGCUCCUGACGAGCCUCGCGGCCGCUGGGGGCUCUGAUGGCCAGAGUCUGUUGCCAGCAUCGACGACGACGACGACGACAAUGACAAAGGCGACCGCCGCCCAGGCCACUCCCACACCUAUCUGGCUCCCCCCACCGAGCCACUUGGCCGUCCUGGCCUCGCUUGCGGUCCAUCCAGCCUACACAACCCGCCCACAGGACGGCACGGACUUGCGCGUGGCCGGCCAUGCCAUGCAGUAUCUGCGCCAUGUCUUGCGCGUGGCCGGGCCAGUGGGCGCAGAGAUGGCGACGGCCUUUGCGUAUCGGGAUGCUCAAGGACAGCCGACGUCGACAGCCGCUAGGGCAGCCGCUCGAGCAAGGGCCGGAGCACGAGCCGCGGGCGACAGCCGCGGCAGGACUGGCCGGCCACGACGACAGCUGCGUGCCUCGCUGACCAAGGGCGAGUACGUCGACAGCCAGACCAUGUCGUGGAGCGACGACGACGGCGGCGGCAAUGGCGGCUGGGGUGCAGGGACCGGCAAAAAGAAGAGGAAAAGCAAAAGCGGCAGUCGGCGACGUGGCGCUGGCGGCGGCGGCGAUCGAGACCGUGGCAACGACGACAUGGACAUGGGCGACCAAAGGGGGCGUGGCAGUGGCAGUGGCGGUGGCGACAAAAACAACAACGCUGACGCACACAACGCCGAAGAGGACAACUAUGACGAUCGUGACGACUAUGACGCCCAAGACAACGACGAAGACGCCGUCAGUGGCCGCAUGGCGACGCGCGAUGGCAUCUGGAUGCGUGGCGAAAGCUUUUGGCGCGUCGCCGCCUGGGCGCUGGGCUGCAGCGUCCGCGAACCCGCUCGCUGGCGCACGUGGCGGCCCUGGCUGACGUUCAUGGUCGACGUCAUCGAGGCCGACCUGGCCGAGCGCCUGGCCGACGACGACGGCGACGAUGACGACGACGACGGAGUCCUGUACGACUCACUUCUGUUCCAGUAUCUGAGCGAAGACGGGGCCGGCGGGGGGGCCGGCGGACACAGCACGUCACACCUGCGCCGCAUCGCCGCGGCCAUAUUGGCUGACGGGUCGCAGCCGGCACUGGCCCGCGAAGUCUUUGACAAGGAGACCGUCCUGACCGGCGCGGCAGCCACUGCGACAGCGACAGCGAAUACAAGCGCAGCGUCCGCCUCGAUUUCGACCUACACCCGGCCCAAACGUGUUCUCGAUCUCGACAAUGACAAGUUUGGCGACUACAGCGACGAUGAGGAGUCUGCGCCCUCGACGCCCGAGUCGUCUGCCGCGCCUUCGCCUUCGCCCUCGCCCUCGCCGUCUCCCUUUCACAGGAACAAGGCCAAGCCGGCGUCCGGGAAGACGAGCAAACGCGGCGUGUCCUCCGAAACGCUCGAGGCCAGCGCUGAUGCCGUCGGCUCGCAUCCUGGCUUCCUCGAGUCGCUGCCGCUGCGUCGCCGGCUCUUCUAUCUCGUGGCCCUCGGGUCUGUCCAUUUCUCCUCUGCCUUUGCCACCGCCGACGCUGUCUACCGCUCGUUUGCCGAGGUCCUGCGCGAGACCGAGAUCUCCGUCUUUGCCGCCUUUGUCGCCUCGCCGCCGCCUGCCCCGCCAGCCUCGUCCGUCGUCCCGCUGACCGGCACCGUGCCGUCGCCCUCCCCCGACGACGUCUUUGUCGGCCUCCUGCGCCACAUUCUCUUCACGUACCUCCCCGCCUCGGUGCCCAAGCCGCACAUUGUCGACCCCGUCGCCUCUCAAGCGGCGUCGGCUGUGGCUGCCGUCUCCCCGUGUGUCCUGGAGCGCUGCUUCCUACCGUUUGCCGCCAACACGGUGUUGCUGAGUGCGAAUGUGCGCAUGGCCCUGGCUCUCGAGAGUCUGUUUCGGAUCGUCUGGCAGCAGCAGCCGUCGUUGGCGCUCCCACAGGCCGCCGAUUCCUACAAUGCCUGCACCAGAGACGAUCUCUGGUCUCCUGCUCUACAAGUGGCCGCCGAGACGGGUGUGCGGGCGCGCGAGAACCGGGUCCGCAGCGCCACGACGUCGUCCUCGGCCACCUCGACAAAACGAAAAUCGGCCCUCGCCGUCGAGGCCUACGGCCGCGACCUGCUGCAGCGCUCCGGUCGCCGCUUGCUGGCCAUGGUCCAGCUGGCCCGCAUGGACGCCGGCGAACCCGAAAUGGUGACGGGGGACUUGUAG